GGGCAGAGUUGGGAGCGUCAUGCCGAGUGUGGACGGCCCGGCCAGCCGGGGUUGAGCCCUCCCGGCUCGACCCGUCGCGUUGCCCGCCGGAGCUGCCGGAGAAAGCCCUCGGGGGGACGAUGGUCCCGGAGCGGAGCGAGGUGGCUUGGGCGCCGGCAGGCAAAGACAAAGACUCUUCCGCAGCUCUGUAUAAGCGAGGCGGUCUGUUGGGCAAAGGCGGCUUUGGCACUGUUUACGCCGGCCAGAGAAUCGCGGAUGGAUUGCAGGUGGCGAUCAAGCACGUGGCCAGGAGCAAAGUGGCCGAGUGGGCGCAGCUGCCGAACGGGACGGUGGCGCCCCUAGAAGUGGUAUUGACCAGCCUGGUUUGCGCAGGCAACGGCCACCGUGGCGUCAUCCGGCUCUUGGAUUGGUACGAGACGCCGGAAGGCUUCUUCCUGGUCCUGGAGAGGCCCGAACACUGCCAGGACCUCUUCGACUACGUGACUGAGCACGGGCCCCUACCCGAGAAGCUCUCCCGCCACUUCUUCCGCCAGGUGGUGGAAGCCGUCGGCCACUGCCAUGCCCAGGGGGUGGUUCACCGGGACAUCAAGGACGAGAACAUCUUGGUGGACGUCCGCACCGGCAGCCUCAAGUUGAUCGACUUCGGGUCGGGGGCCUUGCUGAGAGAGUCUGUCUACACAGAGUUUGAUGGCACGCGUGUCUACAGCCCGCCCGAGUGGGUGGCAUUCCAGCAGUAUCACGCCCUUCCAGCGGCCAUCUGGUCACUGGGAGUCCUGCUGUAUGACCUGGUGUGCGGAGACAUCCCCUUUGAGCGGGACGAGGAGAUCACGAAAGCCAGCGUCAAGUUCCAUGUGCCUGUCUCUGCUGACUGCCAAGAUCUCAUCCGAUGGUGCUUAUCUCCCGAUCCUGCCAAGCGGCCGACCGUAGAGCAGGUGCUCCUUCACCGGUGGCUGAAAGUGGACCCCCUUCUUCAGCCCGAAGAAAUACCCACCUCGGCCCCUCCCAGGGGCACCGCUUCGAACAGUAGCGGCUGAAGGUACUAAACGCUGCCUCCUGCCCGUUGUGAGGUGGGAAUGGUGGUGCUAAUGGUACCAAACGGACCUCAGGACAGCCACUGGCUGACGAAGCGUUAACCUGGUUCUACAGGUUUCUUACUGACUGCACUUGCGGACAGGAAGGUUCUAGAGCUGGGCAGAAAACGGAGUCAUCCAUGCUCAAAGUCCCUCCGCCGUUCAAAUGAUGUUUGAUUUCUGGCCUACCCAGACAUCUGGAUGCAUGUAAAUACUUGUGUAUUGAUAUUUGACCAGAGUCCCUGCAGCUGUCUUGGGGAGAAGGAGUCCGGGGUGAAAUUCUAAUUCUACCCCGAAUUUGUGUUUUACCCUAUGGGGUCAGCCAGUAGGCAAAGUAUCCCUUUUUGUAUAGGUUUGGUUUACAGCUAUGUGGCUUUCUUCCUUUCUUUGUUCGUUUUAAUUAUUUUAUUUGUUGAAAUAUUUGUACAGAGAGAUGCUACCCACCGACAAGAUCUGUACAGAAAUCUAUUUAAUAAAAAGAC